ACACCAAACCCACGCCCUUGUAAGCAAUCAGCGCCCUGCUCCUACCCAGGGCACUGAAUCAGUGUGCGAGGAGAGGGAAAACAUCUCCUUGCUGCGCGUGUUUACGACAGAGGAUGUUUCAGAAUGACACCACUUGUACAUGAACCCCACCUCCCCCCCCCCCACGGCUCACAUGUCGGGCGCUGCGUGUUGUGCUUGAGCGUCACAUCACUGACUUAACGGGAAUCUCGGGUGUCUGCACCGCUCCUCCGGGAUUAUGCCCGGGAUGACUCCGUGGUGAUUUCUGAGUCCUUUCUGGAAACAUUCAUGGGUGCGCGAAAGGAUUUCCCGAGUGGGGAAACGUGGGAUUUUGUCCACUACCGCUGUCGUUUCCACUGCGCGGACGGCUCAGGUUUUGACCACAACUUGGGUUAAACUUUCCCGAAAUGCUCCGCUGUGAAGAAAGAAAACAGGAUUUACAAUUAACUAUUUAAACCAGGUGUUGUCUUCACACUGCCGGGGAUGAAGGCAGAUCGACGAACUAUGAAUUUUCUCUUAUGGAUAUUAGUCCCAAACUUUUUCCUGUGUUGGCUUGCGGUUGACGCACAGAUGGGGUUUGAUGGGCCGCUCUCUGCACAGGAGCAGAUGUACAUCCUGUAUGAAAUCAAAAUGCAGUGCUACCAGAAUCUCUCCAACACUGAACCAGGAACCACAGAUGAGGUGUGCCCUCCAGACUGGGACGGUCUGAUCUGUUGGCCCCACGGCUCCCCCGGGCUCAUCUCCAAGGUUCCCUGCCCAUCGUACAUCUAUGACUUCAAUCACCAAGGACAUGCUUACAGGAAGUGUGACAGCAACGGUUCCUGGGUCUUUGUGGAGCACUGGAACAAAACAUGGACCAAUUACUCAGAGUGUUUACGCUUUCUCCAGCCCUUCAGUGACGAAGAUGGGAGACAAGACUUCUUUGAGCGGCUGUACGUCAUGUAUACCAUUGGCUAUGCCGUGUCCUUCAGCUCUCUGCUAGUGGCCAUCAUGAUCAUUGGAUACUUCCGGCGUCUUCACUGCACCAGAAACUACAUCCACAUGCACCUCUUUGUUUCCUUCAUGCUACGAGCAGUCAGCAUCUUCGUGAAGGACAAAGUUGUGUAUUCCAGGGCGGGAUUGCAGGACUUUGACUCUGCUCUGCUCGACAACUUAAAAACUGUUAGCAUAGCAUCACUGGACAAGUCGCAGUAUAUUGGCUGCAAGGUGACUGUGCUGCUCUUCAUCUACUUUCUGGCUACCAAUUACUACUGGAUUCUGGUAGAAGGCCUUUACCUCCACAGUCUCAUCUUCAUGGCCUUCCGAUCAGAUUCCAAAUACCUCUGGGGUUUGAUACUCAUUGGAUGGGGUGUUCCAGCUAUUUUUGUGGCCAUGUGGGCGAUCGUCAGGGCAACAGUGGCAGAUGCAAGGUGCUGGGAGUUAAGCGCUGGAAACAUCAAAUGGAUCUACCAGGUUCCCAUCCUGACAGCGAUUGGGCUCAACUUUAUUUUGUUUGUGAACAUCGUGCGAGUUCUGGCCACUAAAAUACGAGAGACGAACGCAGGGAGAUACGACACCAGGAAACAGUACAGGAAACUGGCAAAGUCCACUCUUGUGCUCGUGCUGGUGUUCGGCAUCCACUACAUCAUCUUCGUUGGGAUGCCUCAUACAUAUCAGGGACCAAGCUGGGAAAUCCGAAUGUACUGUGAGCUGUUUUUCAACUCGUUUCAGGGCUUCUUUGUGUCAAUUAUCUAUUGCUACUGCAAUGGAGAGGUCCAGACAGAGAUAAAGAAAACAUGGACACGGUGGAACCUUUCGUUUGAGUGGGAGGGUCCAGUUGUGUGCGGCCGCUACCGUUAUGGGUCUGUGGUCGUAGGUCUGAACAACAACAGCACCAGCAGCCAGUCCCACCUGGCUGGUGCUGGGCCUUCCACGCGCUCCACCACGCUCGUUUCCAGCCGCGUUUACCGGAGCACAGGUCCACCCGUGAUCAGCAUGCAUGCCACCCUGCCAGGAUACGUAAUCAGUAACUCGGAUCCAUCCAUACCCGAGGAGCCUGAGGACAGCGGUCCCAAGCGGGUGGAUGAUAUCUCACUGAGGGAAAAUCUGCCUGUUCUAAAUAUGAGUGGAACAGCUGACGACGAGGAGGAAACGCUGUAGCAGACAUCUGAUGUCAGAGCGGGCCGUCGGAUGCAAAGACAAAGCAAAAGUGUGACUCUGCAGGCAAGAAGAGGAAAAAAAUGUCCCACACAUUCGUAAGAAGAAGAACUAACGUGAACUUUUUUUUACAGUACUGUAAAUUGUGAAGCAAUGUUAACUGUUGUCAUUGCCAUACUGUUUUUGCUGCCAACGAUCACCAAAAUGCUCACUUUUAAACUUCUACACACAGAGCCUUUAACAACGCACACAGGUCACGGUGAAAAAUGAAGAAACAUCAACACUGAAUCAGUUUGACGGAGCCAGAGUCACAGCCCCACACAUCACAGUACAGCCGGCACUGGCAGCAAAAGCUGUUGAUGGCAGACUGUUUACUUAUGAACAUCAUUUGUUGGAGCGUAAGCAGGCGGGCUGAUAAGUGGUACAAGUUGGCAACACUGCUGCUGCUCCAGCCCCUUGAUCUGACAGUGGUUUAUUACCUUCAGACAUUUCCAAAUGACAGGAGGUGAAAAGCUUUUGAGCACCUAGUUUUAAAAAAGGACUAAAAUAAUUGAGUAAAAAAUAAAACAGGUUUUUUCCUCAGGGAGGGCAACACCACAGUGCCCUCUAUUGCCUCACAGCCACUGGAGGUUAGCUUGGAAAUACGCUGUAGCGUGUUUAACAGUCUGACGUUAUGGAAAUUUCAGCAUCUCUCUAGACUGUACUUUUCCAGCCAUCACCUUGAUUGUACAGUAUAUCACAUGAGUGCCACAUCCAAGGAUAAUGAUAAGCUACAGUAGACUCGCACAGUAACGCAAAAAUAGGCGUUAUGGAUUGGAUGGUAAGGUAAAAAUACAGCAUGAGCAGCAUGAUAGCUAACGAGAGAUAAAAAACCCAUAAUCUCAAAGCAAACUGAGCAUUGUUGAAUCUUUGUUCUGGCAGACAUGUUCUCUAAAUUUGAGAUGUUUUCAUACAGUAGAUGUUUUCUUUAAAUAGCUACAAGCUUCAUCGAAUAGACAAUGGGCUCUAUUUUCCUGCAGCUGCUGCAGAAAUGUGUGACGUCACAGACAUGCACACCUGCCAGCUAAAGCUAUAACUAUGCUUGUAAUCACUUGUCUGAGUUGCAACAUCAAUCUUUUCUCUACCUCAAACUAACACAUGUUUUAAAAAGAAUGUAUAUAACAAAAUACAGCGUUUUUUUCAUCUAUGGCAUAAUUUCGUUUUUGUUUGUUUUUUGAGAAAACAAAUAUUUGACCCUACUUGGGUUUAGAGCCUGGGUUUGUUGCUAUAUCAACACAUUUUUAAAAACUUGAAUACUAAUUUGCAUAUAUGAGUUUUUUGGGCAACAACACACUGAUCAUGUAGAAGUCUCAAAAACUGUAUGAUUCAAAUAUCAUACACUAGCCGUUAGGGGGUUAAGGGACCCUGUAAUAAUGAGGUUUUUUGAGGGCAAUACCAUGCCAUAGAGGGCGAUCCUUAUUUCCCUAAAGUUGACCCCCUCAAAGGGUCAGCUUGUUUGCCAUUUAACCAGGAGGUGGCUUCAGUGAAUUUAUACAUGACCUUGAACCAUUUUUUCUUUCAUCUACCUCAUGCUGAUGUGUCAAAAUACAGUAAGUUUGACGGAGCUUUUUACCAACUCACAUCUCCGCCACAGUUUCAGCUGUGAGGGGUCCAUGGACAGUGUAAAAGGUGGAAGGACAAAGCUGCUAUGGCAUCACUGGUUUGUGAAGUCUUGUUAUCCGGUGUUUUCACCAUCUUUUUUUUUUUAAACACAAUGUGAUGACCAAGGAGUUGAUCUGCCUGGCUGCACGCUCGUUGGCUCAUUGUUAGCCAAUCCCUGGCUAAUCCUUAAACCACCAAAAUUCACUCACAUUCAUUUUUACCCGCUAUGAAUGUGAGUGAUAGUCGAUUAGUACAUGAAGAAACGUUAACAGAACUCAGGGCCUAGUUCCAUUUUUCUUACAUUUCUGUAGAUAAGAUUAAUCUUUAUUGUCAUUGCACAGAUAUUAAUCAAUGAAAUUUCAGAGCGCUAUAAAGACAAGAUAAGAACAGAUGUAAUGAAAAGAGGAAGGAGGAAACAUGUUACCACAAUCACUCACAAACCAGCUUAUUACACCUGAGAUGUAUGCUCAGUGUUGGCAGUGUUAAGUUUAAGUGUAUUUAAAGUCUUUACCACCCAUGGAAAGAAGCUCUUUCCUAACAUUGUUCUGCUUUUAAUGCCUCUGUUCCUCCUUCAAGAGGGCAGUUGGCUGAACAAGUGGUGCCCAGGAUGAUUCUCUUUGCUCUGGAGAGACAUCAAGAGCUUUGAGUCACAUCCAAAGAGGUUAAAGGAGAUCCUAUGGUCUUUUCAGCUGACCUCAUCACCUCUGCAGUUUUCCCUGUCAGCUACUGUACAGCCAGCGUGCUGCACAGUAACGGCAGUGUCAGAGCACUCCCAGCUGUAGAGCAGUGGUCACCAGCAGUCUGUCCUGCAGAGGGAACAGAAAUCGGCUUGCAGCCAUAUGUACUUGGUCUUUAAAGGAUUGGAGAGACUGACCAUGUGAGUGCAAAGUUGUAUAAAAGCAUAAAUAGUGAAAAAAAAGUCUUGUUGACUUUGGCCAAAGUAAGAUUCAAAUCGGGAUUGGGAAGUGUCCCGGUGACCAGGAAAAGAAGAAUGUGAAGUUAUGGCUCUGUCCAUAUUCAUUUAGAUAGGGGAUUAAAAAUAACUGCCCACAUGUGUUGGCACUGUGGCUGCUGAGUGGCAAGACUUGGACAGUCUGUGAAAUGCAGUAUAGUUUCUGUGUAAUUUAUUACAUACCUGUAGCCAUCAAAUUCAGCAGGAAUGAUGAAUGAGUCCAAAUCUGAGCAGACAAACUCUGAAUUAUGUCAGGAUGAUUAUUACAGCUAUUUUUCAUUUUGCCACUUCCAAUUAUCUUUAUAAAUACUUGCAGUUGUAGCUCAGGUGCAUUCAAGUAGAGGCGUAUAAUGAGCGGCAACACAAACGAUCUAUCCAGUGUUCCCUGAACAAAUGAUACAUGCUGUUAAAACAUAUUUCUUUUUAAACAAUUUCACACAUGAGAAGGCAUCACACGAUAAAAAGUACCCUUUAUUGGUGAAUUAUGGACAUAUGGCUUCUACUCAGAAGCAUCUUGGAGGAUGGAAGAUGACUCGUAACUUAAAUCCUGCUUACUUUACUUAGAACUGACACCCAGCUGACAGCUGACAGAAAAGGAUCCUGGGACUCGGCAAUACCUGGAAAAUGAGAGGCUGAAUGCCUCAUGCGAAUAAUAUACUCACUCUUUUCUCCUCAUUGCAUUAGACUGUACCUCGCUGUGCUUGGGUAGUGAAUGUCGUCUCAAAACUGCAAACAUUUGCUUGUCACGCUGUCAUGUUUGCACAAAGAGAUUUUGCUUCCAUUUGCAUUCUCACUGUUUCAGGACAAUAGAGCCCAAUGUCACCAUUCACAGGAGUUUCUAACUUGCUGUUGGCUUAUUUCCAGAAGAUGACAUCAUAUAAGAGGAGGAUGAAUUGUGAUGUGCACAAGCUGCUCAUGGUGAAUUACUAUAAUGUGUGCUCUUGUGCAGUCUGUCCCCUUAUAAAAAAAAAGAAAAGUGAUGUAUUUUGUGAAAACAAACUUACCGUGGAGCGAAACUGAAUGUAUCCAGAAUUAUUUUUGUGUCUUUAGACUGAAGUUGAACUCAGAUUUUCACUAUUGAUUACACAUGCAUAGAACAUUUCUGUGCAUAUGUUUACCAUUUGUAAAAACAAAGCCAGUAGCACAGACAGAUUUUUAGGGCACAUCAGAAAUUGAUGCAACAUUAAAAACUUAUAUUUUUUUGGGACAAUCAACCAAUGUGCUAAAUUUGGUGGCAGCUUAACUGUUUUGUGUCUUCUUUGUGCAUGCAUUGCAUGUUUGUCAGCAUUAGAUGCAGUCAUUGGACACAAAAACUAGAAUAUGUAUUGUGCUCGUGCCUCCCUUGCUCUUGCAGAAGGUCUUAAAAAUUUACUUGAAAGGAUUCUUUUAAUUCUUGUCUGUAAAUGUGCUAAAUGCAUUUGACUGUUUUUCUCUGUGAUUUUUUGGGUCUCCCUGCUCUUCUGCUCUACUUCAAUCCCAACUGCCUUCUCUCUGUUAACUGCUAAUAAAUGCUCAAUGCUUUCAGCAGCAACAUCUUUAUGUUCUUGAUAUUCCUGCAGUCUUACACAUGCACAUCACAAACGUUUAGUAUGCUCGGUCAUGUAGGAGUGCUGAUAUUACCGUGUUAGCAAAUUAUCAGACAGGAUUGUUUUGGUUUAGUUGGUGUUAGCGUGUUGGUUUUAGCAAGAGAUUAAGAGAUUAUUGGAAGUUGUGAAUUCACGCCAUGCUAGAUAGCUUCAAAAGUCUUCAGUUGGACAUUCAGGGUCAGGGAUGUCAAACUCAUUUUUGCAUUGUGGGCCGCAUACAUGUUAAGUAGGCUGGACCGAAGAUUAAAAAAAGUAGUUUUUUAAUCUCAUUACUUUGUUGUACCAUGAACAGCCAUGAGGGAGGUAGAACUUUUCUACUCCCCUUUCUGUCUGAGCAUUCAAAUCACUUUACUCAACUUGCCGUAAGGUUUUCCAAAGCAAGUGUGCUGGACUGAACGGAUUCUGGCCCCCAAGCCUUAUUUUUGACACCCUUGUUCUGGGUAGAGAGCUAAUGUUAACCAGUGGUAAUCAAAGGGAGGAUGUGUGAAUCUAGCAGUUUGCCUGUGGAUAGUGACUUACGAGUGCUGUAUGGAGUCUUUUGGGCAAAACAUCUGUUGCCCUAUCCUUCUACAUCAGUCGGCACAGGCUUGCUACUUGCUUUAGAGGGCCUUGCUUUAGUGCUCCACUUUUAAUGGAGCUGUUCUAAGUAAUGAAGUUCAGAUUACUCGUUUUGGGCAGGAAAAAAAAAGGAAAAACAUAAAACUAUCUAACACUGCUUAAAACCCAUCGCACUGUGAAGUAGCAUGGCCUAAACAACCUCCUGCCUUGCUUUACAAGUGCAUUAUAUACUCAAAUAGUCAUUAUCUAGAGGACAAGGUUAUAAUUAGCCUUGUGUCGCUCGAGUACAGUGUAUGGGUUAUGCUUUGCACUCAAUGCUCUGUGAGUGGACCAUUAUAAAAUAUGAAAUAUUAAUGCAUUAGCUCAGAUGUACCAAAUUAUCCUCAGACAUCAUAUUUCGAGAGUCAAGUCAGGCAUAUUUUGCAAGGGGAGCAGAACCAUCACCCCUCUUAAAUGACAUGCUGAGAUGAAUGCUUUAAGGACAAUGCACCUGCCUCCAUUUGUGUACGUAUGAGAGAUUUUUAGUAAUCUCUUCAAAAUUCAUUAAGUGAAAUGCAUCAUUUGGACAAUUAUUUGUUUUUUGUCUUCUCACCAUGUCUCCACAAUUAGGACUCAGCAGUAAUAGAGAUGCUACUCUAUAAUUGGAUGCUGGUUGAAGAAACAAAAUUUUUAAGUGGCCUGGUAAUACAGCCAAGUGUCACGGUCACAGCAGGUUGGUGAUCGUGUCACAAAUGGAUUCAUCUGUUUAUUUGUGAAGACGUUUAAACCAUCCAGUGACACUUUUUUUCACAGCUCACUUUUUAGCUUGUGCAUCUUUCUCCAUCUCAGCUAAGAUUGAGCCUUUGGGUCACAGAGGCAGCAGACUUUACCUCACCUAGGCAGGAACCGUCUCAGAGUGACACUGAAAAACUAGUUCAUGCAUUUAUUACUUCCAGGCUGGACUACUGUAAUUCAUUA